AUGGUGCCGCGACAGACGAUCGGCAAAAACAAUAAAAUGAUCCAGCUCCUGAACUACAGGGUGCGGAUUGUGCUCCAAGACUCGCGUACCUUCAUCGGCACGUUCAAAGCCUUUGACAAACACAUGAACCUCAUCCUGGGAGACUGCGAGGAGUUCAGGAAAAUUAAGCCGAAAAACACCAAGCUGCCGGAGCGCGAGGAAAAGCGUGUGCUCGGGUUCGUUCUGUUGCGCGGUGGUAACAUUGUAUCACUUACAGUCGAAGGACCACCACCACCGGAGGAGGGUCUUCCCCGCGUACCAAUACCCGGUGGUGCCGGUGGCCCCGGCAUGGGCCGUGUGACGGGCCGUGGCAUGCCGGCCAACAUUGCCGGAGUUCCGGCGGGACUGCAGGGCCCUGUGCGAGGUGUUGGCGGACCAUCGCAACAACACAUGGCACCGGUGGGACGAGGACAGCAGGUGUCUGCCCCACCUCAGAUGCGUCCCAUGAUCCCCGGAGGACCACCACCGGCCAUGAUAUCCGGUGUCAAUCCGAUGGCCGGAAUGGCACGUGGUGCACCUCCACCGAUGCGAGGGCCACCGCCGGGUAUGAUGCGCGGUGGUCCACCUGCCAGACCGUACUAG